AUGUUCGAUGUUGACUGGAGUGACCCCAAUAGGGAGUCAGUUGGGGACAGGAGGGCCAGGAAACAGAGGGAAAAGGAUCUCAGUGACAAGGCCAGCAGCAGAGACAAUGGAGAAAAAGCCAGCAAGAAGGACGAGCAAAACAGCCAGACAUCAGGCUCAGGCUCUGUCCGUAGCUCCAUGUCCUCUGUGGACAAGCAGUUUGGGUUCUUUGGUGGCAAGAACCGGAAGAAGGGCCGAGUCCUGGGAAAUAACAGAUCGACAGCCAGCUCCUCGAAUGGAGCUCCAACCAUUCACGAGCUGGGGCCAACAGAUGACAACACCAUCGACGACACAUCGAAUGAGGUAUCUGCAAGAGCACUGCAGGAUUCUCAAGAAUUUGAUACAGAAGACAAACCGCAUGGUUUCUCCGAGGCUGUCUUGAACAAGUGGAACGAGGGCCCUCCUGGAGGCUCCCUCCUUGGUUAUGACAUGGCGUCCCCCAAGCCAGGACUGAAAUCAACACUGACCCAGGACCUUGGAGAUGGAAUUUCGUUCAUUACCAAGAUCACUGAAGUAAAGUCUACGAGUCGAGACAAGAAAGACCCUGACUACCUUGUUUCCACGGUGACGCUUUCUGUGGGACCUGCCCACGACGAUCUCAAAGACUUCUCCGUCAAAUCCACCUCAUGGCAGCCCCCACCGCAGGUCACAGGGACCACUCACGGCCUCAAGACCGUUCCCGAGUCGCCUUCUACUUCCAACCUCGAAGACGCCCGUCAUCUGAUACCAAUGAUCACCGAUAUUUCCCCUACAAGCAGCCAGAACUCCGCGCUGAUCGACCCGAAGCACGUACCAAAGCGCAAGCCAAAGGCCCCCUUGAGGGCGCCCGCAAUCGUCCCAGCCUGUCUGCAGCACAUCGGGCACCCCGACCUGUGGAAAGCCCCAGAGGUUUGGGAGUACAGCGCAAGCGAGCCGGAGGUAUCUCCCACCGACGAGUCUGUGGUGCCGACUGGCUCAGAAGAGCUCAAUCAGCUCGCCCUUGACCUGGCGAGCAUGCAGCGCGAGGCUACUCGAAUGCAGGCAGCAAGCCCUCGGGUCAUCUUACUCCGUCUAAAGGAGAAAUGGGCAGGCUUUGAGCUACACACGAACUUGGAAACUGAGGCCGAGAACACGCAGGAGCACAUUGACAUUGCCGUCGAUCAGGCGCUGAUGUACAAGGAGCUAGAGAUGGACAGGAAGCGAUGGAUGCUUUCUGCGCUACAUCACAUGGAGACCAAUUUGGAUGCAACCAGCGUCAUAUCCAAGCCCAAGGUGAGGCCAAAGGUGCAGAAAAUCCUGUCACUUUUCGAUAGUCAAGCGGCCACGUCCUAUCUCGCAAUCUCGAACCCGAGCGUCCCCGUCUACCAUCUUUCAGCAGAUCCUCUACCCCACAAGCGUUAUCCAAACAUACACCCCAUGGUCUGCCCGGCCAUCUCGGCUUCCGCAGUUGGUGUGGCAACAGAAGCAUUCUCAGCCGUGAAUUGUCUGCCGAUCGCAUCCAUAUUGCCAUCGUCGGAAAUACCGAAGCUGCUCCAGAACAUCUUCCGCGUCCUCGCCCCAGGCGGCUUCCUGAACAUGGUCAUCAUCGACCCCCUUCCUAACCUCUUCUCAAUGGGGCCCAUCCUGAGGCAGUGGCUGGACGAGAACCUGAUAUUCAACCUCGAGCAGCAGUUCCGGUGCACCAAUCCUAGCAGGAACUUCCCGGUCUGGCUGCAAGAGGCCGGUCUUCGGGCCAAAGGCAGCGUCAUCACCACCACUCGCUUCCAGGCCAUACCUCAAAGCCACACUGAUGACAGUGGCGAAGGCGGCAGCGAGGGCCGCAGUAGCGGCGAGUUCGAGAUGGCGACCAUGAAGGAACUCCGCGCUGUGGUCGGCCGCAUGCUGUGGCGGGAGAUCUGGGGCCCCUUCGUGGGCGCGGACAAGUGGUGGUGGGAGGUGCCCGAGAUCGUGGACGAGUGCACCGGCCGGGAAACACACUGGGAGUACAGCGUCAUCGCUGCUUGCAAGGAGAGCACGGCCUGA